AGGAAUUUGUUCAGACACCGUCGUCGUCGUCCACGAUGAACACGACUGCGUCUUCUAGUCCACCAAGAGCGGCGGUACCGACCAAGAAGCACCCUACAAUCUUACCAAAUGCACAUCCGUAUGCAAUCAAGACGACGUCCUCUGCUGUUCUUUCACGUUCGAACUCAUCGCCGCACUCAUCACCCUCAGUCAAACAUCAUUAUGUUCCUCCGUCGCCAACUCGCCCGAGGCAUGGUUACGCGUUUUCCCUUUCGUCUGUUGAAGGUGUGAGCGUCAAUGAAAUCCCUGGACCUUCUCCGUUGCCUGUCCCCCUCUCUUUUCAUUCCACCCCUCUAACACGUGCAUCUUUAUCUCUCAGUGACGACGCAACGCCUUCUCGCAGACUGAAGCGUGCAGACACGCUACCACCCUCUGCAAGUGUACCUGUUCUUAAUAACAAUGAUGUUACGGAGGACAAUGAUAAGCUACCUCGCAACCCCAAGCACUGGUCCACUGACGACCUCGCUUUACAUCUUGCCACUUCACUCCAGGUGGGCAGCCAGCUGAGCACCGAAGAUCAAGGACAUCUCAUUCGUGUGAUCAAAGAACAAAAUUUUACCGGUAGAAAUUUCUUGAGAUUGACUGACGCUGACCUUGCAAGCCUGUCUCUGACACCUAGUCAGCGACUCUAUCUGCUCGAGGCUUCCCGUGCCUUGCGCGCAGAUGUUCUCCGUGGUCGCAUAUGGAUGGACUCAUACCAUUCUAAAGACAUAUCUGCGCGCUCAAAAGGUGUUUACACGCGAUCCGUACGCAGCUCUAAUUCGCCUUUCAACUGCGAUCUGUAUAAUUUCUCCACUUCAUCGGUGGAUUUAAUUCUCCCGCCAUCUGCCUCCAUAGGAGCUGAUGGGGACUUUGCGUCAUCCCCAGCCGUAACUUUGAAUCGCUCCAACUCUGUCUCAGAAUCAUCCGCGCAGAGGUACAGAGACCUUGCACGUAUGCGAGUCAGGAGACGUGGACAGGUUAAGGGUCUUGUUGAUACUUGGGAGCGUGAAAGAGGUGCCGUCAGCGGGAGUGAAGGCUCUAUGAGUGGCAGUGAUGCCGAUAGUGACAGUGAUAUUCCAUCCGCUGAAUCACCCGUGCCGCCUGCCCUUUCAAAUUCGACGAUCAAUCUAAUCACCCCGCCACCUCCAUACACAUCACUCAAGGAUAUAAGGGACGAACCGACUAUUGAGGAGCUCUUGACGUCCUCUGGUCCUAUAAAAGGUGCACGUGCUUGGGAAGAGGACUAUGGGUUGGGAGAGACCGUCAAGCGGAUCUCCGUUAGUGCGCCUGCCCCUUUGCCUUUGGCAUCUACAUCUCCGAGCGUGGCGGCGGCGGCGGCGGUCGAAAUUAAUCCCGACUCAAAUGGGUCUUUAGCAGAAUGCAGCCUCGGCAAGUUCAGUGACCUUGGAAACGGUCGAGCUAACACUCAGAAGCGAAUCGUGACUGCGAUAUUUACCGGAGGUUCCGACAAGAUGGACAAUGUGUCAGACAGCAUACCUGUGGACAACGUACCUCAGGCCAAUUCAGAUCCAGGGGAGGUAGUGAGCAUCCUUGAUGCAGUCGAGUCACCCGAAGGCAUCUUCCUUGCGCCCGACCAAGUUGCAGCACCUUCCGAUGAUGAUACUGUCUUUGCAAUACUUGAAGCAUCCAUUGCGUCUACUCGAGCACAGCUUGAAGCCUUCCAAGCACGUCUGGAAGUCAUCGAAGCACAGGUCGUGACCCAGGAAAGUUUCAGCCACGCUCGCCUUCGUCCUGAAGAAGCUCAGGAGCUACUCAAUGAACAUCGACCCAUAAACCAUUCUUGUACUCAUGAUUCAUUCCCUGCUCCGGACGACAUCGUCUUCUCCGGUUACCGUCUUGGUUUGAGAUCAUUCGCACGCUCAAUCAUUGCUCGUACAUUGGGAUGGUUGUAUCCCUACUCUCAUCCUGGUGCACACCCUCGUCCAGAAGUAAAGGCAACACGUUCUCAAAGGCUGAGCUUUUCCCUCGUACAACCGCGCAUUUUACCCGAGUUUCGGCUAUCCUACUUGAUCGUGUUCUCUUUCGUGCUGUGUACAGCCGUUUUGCGCAAAGUAGGAAAAACAAUGCGGAGGCGUUAAUCCUGGUACCUAUCCAGUUGAUCUCCCAUGAGCACUUCGAUAUUCUUGACAUGUUGACCCUUGCUCUGCUCCAAACAGUUGUAUAUCAUUCCUCGCAAUACCGGUAUCAUAUCUAUCGUUUAGUCUCUGAGCUCUAUCUAACCUUGCUUUUUGGUUUGUGCUUGUUCUCCUUUCAAUUUCCUCCCGUUAUGCCCUUCGCCUCAUAGCACUCUACCCUUAGGAUUGUUCACACCAUUAACACGACAUUCAUAACUACGUUCUCUGCGCCAAUACACAUACAUGUGCAAGACCCAAA